UGCGCACACCGAGGGGGAGACAAUGGCCUUUUCUGUUACAGCUCAGAUGUGCCUGUCACAGUCUUUAAUCGCCAACGGAAACUAUUUACUUUCAAGGUCUAGGCCUGUCUGAAGUGAGACGAGGCAGAGCUGUAGCAGAAGGCUGGCCUUCCACUGUGGCUGCAGGGAAACCUUCCACUGUGUCCCCGGGCUGGGGCCCCUUCCCUCGGGAAGGACAGCGGAAGACAGUGGGAGGCAGGAGGGGAGCGCUGGGGGGCUGCGUCACCCGUCACCCACGCUUCCCUGGCUGUCAGUCUCCCUGCACCCCGGCCUCGCAGGUAGAGACGCCCCCUUCCCGCGGUUCGCGCGGCUGGGAAGGAGGGGCUGGGCUCCGAGCGCCCGCCCCUCCAUCUAUCACAUGGCCGGAGAGUCACAAAAACAACAGCUUUGGCCAAGACCGUGACUUCAGGAAGGGAACCCAGGGCCCUGGCCGCCAGCCCCCUCCCCAUGGAGGACAGUUUUCUGGAAUCGUUCGGGAGGCUGAGCCUCCACCAGCGGCAGCAGCAGCAGCCGCCUCCUCGGCCGCCGCCCGCGCGGGGGCCACCUCCGCGUCGCCACAGCUUUAGGAAACACCUCUACCUCCUGCGCGGCCUCCCGGGCUCGGGGAAAACCACGCUGGCCAGACAGCUGCAGCGUGACUUCCCCAGGGCCCUGAUUUUCAGCACCGACGAUUUUUUCUUCAGGGAAGAUGGUGCCUAUGAGUUCAACCCGGACUUCUUGGAGGAAGCGCAUGAGUGGAACCAGAAGAGAGCGAGGAAAGCAAUGCAGAACGGCAUAUCCCCCAUUAUUAUUGAUAACACCAACCUGCACGCCUGGGAAAUGAAGCCCUAUGCCGUCAUGGCACUUGAGAAUAACUAUGAAGUUAUAUUCCGAGAACCCGACACUCGAUGGAAAUUCAACGUUCAAGAGUUAGCAAGUGUCCUUCACGCAGAAAAGCCAAGCAGAGCCAACAGAAACCAGGACAGGAACGGCACACCUUCCGGCGGCCCCGGGUACUGGAGCACCUGCACCUCAGAGCUCCCCAGCCGAAGGGCUCACGGCGGCUUCUCCAACGAGAGCUUCAGAAGGGGCGGCUGUCACCACGGAUAUUAGCGGUCUGUGCACAGCCACUGCAGAGUUUUCCUAAAGAAGUUUCUACUUCCAUUUUUUGGUAUUUAUUCUUUGUUCAGUUUUAGCCAGAGCUCUAAUUCCAGUGUAAAUAGCCAAGCCCAGAAGUUUCUGAACAGAGGUCAUAUAUUCAUUAUUUCCAAAAAGCAACGUCAGAGUGCGCCUGUACGGCCUGAUGCUGGGGAUUCUGUGGAGGGCUCAAGGGUCUUUCUCUAGGGAAGGAGUUGAUUUGAAACUGAAAUCCAAGAUCACCAAUUAGCGGCAGAGUCAUAAACAAGGUGUUACUAGUACAUUUCUAUGGGCUAUGGUACCACUGUCUCUGCCAGAUCCAUCUUCUCCAUAGAGCUGGAGGGAGCGAGGGAGGCGGAGGCGGAGGCAGGAAGCAGUUUAGUGCGUUGCUGCUCUGAUAGGCUGCGUCCAGAGACCAGAGCCAUCUCUCUAACGGCAUUGAUUCUCUUUUAGACUUAAUGUACAGGAGGGAGGGAAUGUUGUCCUUCGAAGUAACAUUAGGAGACUUCCUCCCUGAUUUUAAUGACGUGUCGCUAUUAAACAUGCCUGUGAAUUCUUAGGAACAAAGGCAACCAAGAACCCGUCCGUCCCAUUACAGGACAGACCCCUCCCUCCGGCUCGCAGCCUAAUGUUAAUGUAAAUAAACCUGCUUUCGCAAAUGCCCAGUUUUAAAGAAUCAUCAAGAAUCAUCAUCAUUUCUAAAAUGAUGCCUAUAAUGUGUGAUUAGUUAGCAACUCGAAUAUUUAGGAGAACAAAGCAAUGAGGCAGCCAGGGUGUAGGUCAUACAAGGAAAUGUGGAACUCACACUCACUGAGAUGAGCAGGCUGUUUCACGUGGUAUUGAGACAGUGAAAUGUUGACUGCCCCUCGGAUCAGUUAUGAAUUUAUGAGUCCAAAUUAAAUCCCAGCAGGCUGGAAUCAGAUUCAUUUGGUACGAGACCAUGGCAAGACCAUGUGGGAUAUAUGCUCUAUUUAUUUUUUGGCCAACAGCUUCUUUUUAAUGUUCUGUGAAAUAUUAUUUUAAGUGUCUUAUAUAAUGGUGCUUUUAUGGUUAUUAAAAUUGUAUAUGGUAUUGCAUUUA